CGGUCGGGGGCGGGGGCGGGGGCCGGCCCGCCACUCCGGAAUCUCAGCGAGCCUCAGUCUGCUCCGCGCUCGGAACCGCCACCAUGGCUGCCUACAAGCUGGUGCUGAUCCGGCAUGGCGAGAGCGCGUGGAACCUGGAGAACCGCUUCAGCGGCUGGUACGACGCGGACCUGAGCCCGGCUGGGCACGAGGAGGCGAAGCGAGGCGGGCAGGCGCUGCGAGAUGCCGGCUAUGAGUUUGACAUCUGCUUCACCUCAGUGCAGAAGAGAGCAAUUCGGACCCUCUGGACGGUGCUGGAUGCCAUUGACCAAAUGUGGCUGCCUGUGGUGAGGACUUGGCGUCUCAAUGAGCGGCACUAUGGGGGUCUGACUGGCCUUAACAAAGCAGAAACUGCUGCCAAGCAUGGCGAGGCCCAGGUAAAGAUCUGGAGGCGCUCUUAUGAUAUCCCACCACCACCGAUGGAGCCUGACCAUCCCUUCUACAGCAACAUCAGUAAGGAUCGCAGGUAUGCAGACCUCACUGAAGAUCAGCUACCCUCCUGUGAGAGUCUGAAGGACACUAUUGCCAGAGCUCUGCCCUUUUGGAAUGAAGAAAUAGUGCCCCAGAUUAAGGAGGGGAAACGGGUACUGAUUGCAGCCCAUGGCAACAGCCUUCGGGGCAUUGUCAAACAUCUGGAAGGUCUUUCUGAAGAGGCUAUCAUGGAGCUGAACCUGCCGACUGGUAUUCCCAUUGUCUAUGAAUUAGACAAGAACUUGAAGCCCAUCAAGCCCAUGCAGUUCCUGGGGGAUGAAGAGACCGUGCGCAAAGCCAUGGAGGCUGUGGCUGCCCAGGGCAAGGCCAAGAAGUGAAGGCGAGCAGGCAGACAACUUUCCCCAGGACACCCUCCCUCCCAUCCCACUCCUCUGCAUCUCUCCUGUGCACUGUCACACUGACCACAUCUGUAGGCAUCUUAGGUUGUAGCUGCAGAUGGGGACUGGUGGCUCCCAAUUUUGUGUUAGCCAUUUUGUCUCCUGCACCCACUCCCUUCAUACAAUCUAGUCAGAAUGGCACCUGUGGGGCAUGGGUCCUCAGUCUAAGCCGAGGGAGACUUUUAUCUAAGAGAGUCCAGAGGUAAUAACUCCUGUUUCUUUGCUAGUGUUUUGUUUAUUACUAAGGACCUGCUUGAAAGUAGGGGGAUAAGGAGGAGCCACGUUAAGGCGUGACCAAUGAGAGGCAAGAGAGCCUAUUUGUGUUCUGAGAGCAGUCCUGUGCUAUUCUGUAGUCAGGUGAACUGACCGGGGGCUCUAGUCAUUCCAGUGGCAAAUGAACGCCUGGUGAUUCAAACAAACAUUUCCUCCUUGACCCCAGAAAAGCUGGCUCCAGAAGAUUGGGAUCAAUCCUGAAUGUUUACAUGUUGCAUUUACUUUUACAAAAAAAAAGUAUAUCUAUAAAAUAAUAAAAACAAAAACCCUUCUGGGGUUUUCAGUGGCGGUUGAACUAUUCCCACAUGUGGUCUUCACCAAAUAAGCCAUUCCUCACCAAGGUGGGAUGAGCUCGACCUGUAGGAGUCAUCCUGCUGAUUUAGAAUCCCUCCCCGGCCUUAUUGUCUCAUGGCAGUGAAAUGUCUCUUGAUCAUGUCCAGGUGUGUGUUUCACUGUGCGUGAGUGCUGAAUCAUGUUCCAGUUGCUUGGCCCUGUCACGUGGGCCCAGUAAGCAUUUUGAGCAUAACUACUACAUCUUUUUCAGAUCAGUAUAAUAAAGGAGUGAUGUGCAAUA